AUGACUGUGACUUCCAAAUUUGUCUCGGAUGCUUCCGUCCAGGAACAGCCCAACAUUGCCAAAUCAGGAGCAGCCUCGAUGGUAAGGUCUGUUCCAGAGCAGCAUGACGCAGAUCCGUCUGUGCACACAAUCUCCUCCAUGAUCCUGGAUAUCAUCUUCGAAUAUGCCUUGAAUAAAUUCAGCGACAGCAAAGAAAGGCUUGAGGCUGGUAGACCUAGGUUUUUGUCCGUCGUGGGCAAGUUCGUGGCUACUGGUACGAGAGUUGAGAUGUGUCUACCAGCAUUUCCCUUCAAAUCGGCGAACAAAGCCUACAAAGUGUUUGGCAUACUACCCGACAAAGCGGAAGAGAUUGCGUUGGAUCGGCUGAAUACUAUGUGUAUCCGCAUUGAAGAGAUCUACCAGCCUGGCGCUCAAUGCACUAUCAUCUCAGACGGCGUGGUUUACAACGAUCUGUUGAGCAUAUCGGAUCGCGACACCUGGGCCUAUGGACAAGCACUUCGAGAGUUAGCUUCGAUGAAAGCCUUGCAAUACAUAUCCUUUUCCAGGAUCCGAGACUUGGUCGACCUUCCACUCCCAGCUGAGAUGCAAGAGAUCGCCUAUGUCGCCAAUGCGACCAAUUUCCGCCGAGCCCUUCUCAACCACUUUGGUAAAGACGAUAUCGACAUUGACAAAGAGAUUGAGAAAGAUCCUGACACCAAGCUGACAUACCUUGGAUAUCGGCGAUUCCUUGAGUCUGAUCUGAAGCAUAUCUUUCCGGUCGGAAAUGGACGAACAGCAAAUGCAUAUCGCAGAGAUGUGAGGUAUCUUGCGAAGCAAAUGCUAAUCCGAGGUUAUGCCUUCGCCGCUGCUGUCAAACAUGGCUUCCCCAACCAUUUAAGACUGUCUAUCCACCAGUCUACUGGUGAGCACAAGAUUUCUAUGAGCUUGCUCAACACUAAAACGGGCUUCACUACACCAUGGCACUGUUGUGUUGCCCUGACAGCAACCGGGGAAUGGACAAGUGCUCCCAAGGGAGAGUACCUGAAAGACCCAAACAUGAAGAUCAUCCACGAGAAUGGCCGACCUAGCUACUUCCAAGAGGUUGUUGCCAGGGGUGAGUCUGAUCAAAAGGCGGAAACAGAGACCGGAGAGGUCAACAUCAGCGAGAGUCUGAGUAAUCCACAACAUUCUGAGCUUCAAGAGCCAGCCAACUCGUCCCUGACAGAAGCAGAGAGAGAAAGGGUAACUGCGCUUGCAAGAUUCAUGAUGUCAGCAGACUUCAAGCACAAUGGCGAAAUUGUGAAGUCAGGUUAUACAUCUACAGACAGGGUCCUAGACUGUAACUCAAACGAGCUCAACACAGUGGCAUGGCUCAAAGAGCUUAUAUAUGCCGCGGCCAAAGACACUGGGGGAUAUAACAAAAAGGUCCCUGGUGUGACUUAUCAAGACAUACCAGCAAACGGCGCACAGCAACUUUCAAAUACCUAA